UGUGGAGCUCAGCUAUGGCCACGGCGUCUGUGCGCAUCGCGUCGCCCCGGGACGUGCCCUACAUUGCGUCCAUGAUCGCGCAGCUCGCGAAGUUUGAGCGCCUGGCCGACGCCUGCGUUGGCACCGAGGAGCAGUACCGGUCGACGCUCUUCAACGCGCCGGCGUUCCAGGGCCUCACUGUGCUGCUGCUUGAGAUUUCGCGAUCCAGCGCUAGCAAUGCUGCUGCUGGGGACUGUCUGGCUUCUCAAGAAGUGGAGAUCGGCGCCGAAAUAGCCGAUCCAGACAAGGAUUUCUUCACCAGCGACAGCGGCAGGAUCGUGGCUGGCUUCGUGCUGUUCUUCCCGAAUUACUCCACUUUCCUGGCCAAGCCGGGUCUCUACAUCGAGGACUUGUUCGUCAGGGAGCCGUAUAGAAGGCAAGGACUUGGAAGAAUUCUUCUCCGGACAGUUGCCAAGGAAGCUGCCAACCGCGGGCUUGGCCGAGUGGAGUGGUGCGUUUUGGAUUGGAACGAGAAUGCUAUCAAGUUUUACCAGGAAAUGGGGGCCCUCGUGCUGCCCGAGUGGAGGAUUUGUCGCCUCACCGGCGAUGCAUUGAAGGCUUAUGGUACGUAAUUGUUCCACAGCACUUUCUUUGUCAGUUCUUACCGGUUUUUCUUUGACAAUGAAAUGGAUUCGAUUUGUGCGA